AACCAUAUAUCAUGCUUAUUACUAACAUCCAUCACCCCCAAAAUUCUUCUUAAUUAAUUCUCUGCAUUAUCUGCACCAGAAAACAGAGAUAAUGGCCGGACCUCACCAUGAUGCAGUUUCCGGCAACCUCCCGGCUUCAGACAAAGUCCUUGCGGAUUUUGGACCUGCAAAAAAACCAAAAAGAAACAAAUAUGCCUUUGCUUGUGCCAUACUCGCUUCCAUGAUUUCCAUCUUGCUUGGUUAUGACAUUGGUGUGAUGAGUGGAGCUGCGAUCUACAUCCAGAAAGACCUCAAAAUCAGCGACGUUCAGGUGGAAAUACUUAUUGGCACAUUCAGCUUGUAUUCCUUAAUCGGCUCCGCCGCUGCUGGAAGGACCUCCGACUGGCUUGGUCGCCGGUACACCAUCGUGGUCGCAGGUAGUAUUUUCUUCAUCGGAGCUCUCCUCAUGGCGUUUGCUACAAACUAUGCUUUCCUCAUGGUGGGUCGAUUCGUGGCUGGUAUUGGCGUCGGCUACGCCCUCAUGAUUGCUCCCGUGUAUACCGCCGAGGUCUCUCCAGCGUCCACCCGCGGCUUCCUCACCUCGUUCCCUGAGCUAUGGUAUGUAGAAGACGCUUACAGUGUGAGACUCCUUGCUCAACAAGGUCCAUAUAAAUGGGCGUUCCAUAAAGUUGCCCAUCCUUGGAAAGGUCCACCAAAAACUUGGGACAAAAGCUGGGCGUCAGCUAAUUGUGGCCAUGUAGUGUUGUCCUCCUUGUAUUUCUGAAUGACAUCUACAAUUAAUCAUUUCUGUAAUAAAUUAAAACAAAAAAU